AUGGAUGGAGUGAUAAUUGAAAAAAUGAUGAAUAUACUAUUCAUUUUCAUGUAUUUGGUGGCUUGCAUUACCGGCCAUCGAAUUGAUAGUAUGCAAAACUCGGUGAAAGAGAAUUUGGACAUAGAGAGAGAGCUAAAGCUUAUUAAUAAAACUCCAGUCAAGAGUAUUCAUACAAAAUAUGGAUACAUUGUUGAUUGUAUUGAUAUUAAUAAGCAACCAGCUUUUGAUCAUCCAUUACUUAAGAAUCAUAAGUUGCAGAGAAAACCCAACUUUGCAAAUAAAAUCAGAAAAGAUAAUGUGAUGAAAUCAUCAACGUCUGAGGCUAUAUUUGGGCUUGACGAGAAGGACCAAUGUCCAAGUGGAAGUGUUCCUAUUAGGAGGACAAACAAAGAUGAACUCAUCCGAGCCAAAUCAUAUUUUAGCAAUGUUCUACUUCAAAAUUCUCCUGGUUUUCAUGUUGCACAAGUAACACUCCGAACCGUGCCGAAAUAUUUUUCUUAUUAUGGAGUUGGUGGAACAACUAGUGUUUAUAAUUUAAAAGUUGAGAAAGAUCAAUCAAGUACAGCUAUGAUGUGGGUUCUAAAGGGAGAUAACGAUAACUUGAAUUUUAUCGGUGUUGGAUGGCAUGUAGCUCCAUAUAUAUACGAGGAUGAUGCAACUCACCUGUUUACAGUAUGGACGACAGAUAAUUUCAAUACUGGAUGUUUCAACUUGCUAUGUUCGGGUUUUGUUCAAACUAAUAAGAAAAUCUACCUUGGUGGACGAUUCGACGAUACAUCCAUCUACGGUGGAGUGAUGACUGAAAUCGCAUUAUCUAUUAUCCAGGAUCCCGAAACAAAAAAUUGGUGGCUAAGUAUUAAAAAUCAGAAUUUUGGAUAUUUUCCGGCAUCUUUAUUCUCCAAUUUGACCUCUGCGGAUCAAGUUGGGUGGGGUGGUCAAACAACAACUUCUCCUGGUAGUCCUAGUCCUCCAAUGGGUUCUGGAUAUUUCCCUGAUAAUGUAUUUAAUCAUGCAUGUUAUUUUAGGUAUGUUACAUUUCAAAAUGACUCCAGACAAAACUAUGGACCUGAAGAUUAUUUGGUAGAUACAUUCUCUGACAAACCUAAUUGUUACUCAGCUGAAUUCUAUGGCAAUGAAAGAAGCGAUGUUGGAUAUUGUCUCCAAUUUGGAGGACCUGGGGGUAGAUGUAGUGAUUAA